UAGUAGUCACAUUAUUUGUUUAUUUUCUCACAUUUCAUAACACUUCUAUUCUCUCUCUAACUCACUUUCUCUCUCUAACUCUUUCAUACAAACUAGAAAAAUGGUAGCUAAUUCAGCUACCAAUUGGUUUUGUUUUUGUAUGAUUUUUUUAUUAUCUCUGAAUUUGCAGUUUUCAGAGUCCAAUGUUACUUAUGAUAAGAAAUCUCUAAUAAUCAAUGGCCAAAAAAGAAUUCUUUUAUCUGGCUCCAUUCAUUAUCCAAGAAGCACUCCUCAGAUGUGGGAAGGUCUCAUACAGAAAGCUAAAGAUGGUGGUUUGGAUGUUAUUGACACUUAUGUUUUUUGGAAUCUUCACGAGCCUUCUCCUGGCAUUUACAAUUUUGAGGGUAGAUGUGAUUUAGUUAAGUUCAUCAAGUUAGUCCACAAAGCUGGAUUAUAUGUUCAUCUUCGCAUUGGGCCAUAUAUAUGUGCAGAGUGGAAUUUUGGUGGGUUUCCAGUUUGGUUGAAGUACAUUCCAGGCAUGACCUUUAGAACAGAUAAUAAACCUUUCAAGUUGGAAAUGCAAAAAUUCACUCAAAAAAUUGUUCAAAUGAUGAAGGAUGAAAACUUGUUUCAAUCUCAGGGUGGUCCUAUUAUUCUCUCUCAGAUUGAAAAUGAGUAUGAACCAGAAGACAAGGCAUUUGGAUCAGCAGGGUAUGCUUAUAUGACUUGGGCUGCAAGCAUGGCUGUUUCAAUGAACACUGGUGUUCCCUGGGUUAUGUGCAAGCAAUUUGACGCUCCUGACCCUGUGAUAAACACAUGCAAUGGUUUUUACUGUGACUAUUUUUCUCCUAAUAAACCUUAUAAACCAACAAUGUGGACUGAGGCUUGGACUGGCUGGUUUACAGAUUUUGGUGGUCCAAUCCACCAGCGUCCAGUAGAGGAUUUAGCCUUUGCAGUUGCUAGAUUUAUUCAAAAAGGAGGUUCUUUUGUUAACUAUUACAUGUAUCACGGAGGAACCAACUUUGGAAGAACUGCUGGAGGUCCUUUUAUUACUACCAGCUAUGACUAUGAUGCACCAAUUGAUGAAUAUGGGUUGAUUAGGGAGCCAAAAUAUAGUCAUUUAAAGAAUCUUCACAAAGCUAUUAAGUUAUGUGAAAAAGCUUUGCUCAAUGCUGAUCCUGUUACUGCAACCAUGGGAAGUUAUCAGCAGGCACAUGUGUUUGAUUCAGAUUCAGGAGAUUGUGCAGCUUUUAUUGCAAAUUUCAAUACAAAAGCUACAGCAACUAUUACAUUUAGAAACAUGCGUUACAAUGUGCCACCCUGGUCCAUCAGUAUUCUUCCUGACUGUAAAAAUGUUGUUUACAACACUGCCAAAGUUGAAAUUGAAGCAUCAAAAGUACAAAUGUUGGCAACAGAAACAAAAUUUGUGUCAUGGGAAGCUUUAAGUGAAGAUAUAACAUCAGUUGAUGACGAUAAAAUUGGUACUGUUGCUGCCUUAUUGGACCAACUCAAUCUCACUAGAGAUUCCAGUGAUUAUCUAUGGUACACUACAGGUGUUCAUAUAAGUUCAUCAGAAUCAUUUCUACACGGAGGAGGCAAUUUUCCAACUCUGACGGUGAAUUCAGCAGGCGAUGCAAUGCAUAUUUUUGUCAACGGACAGCUUUCUGGAUCUGUCGCUGGAAGUAGAGGAAACAGAAAAAUCAAAUUUACAGGAGAAGUAAAGCAGUUUCAUGCCGGAAGAAAUCGAAUUUCCUUACUCAGUAUAGCUAUUGGAUUGCCGAACAAUGGUCCCCGUUUUGAGACAUCCAACAUAGGAAUCCAAGGGCCUGUGGUCAUCCAUGGCCUAGAUCAAGGGGAGAAGGACUUGACAUCCCACAAAUGGUCAUAUAAGGUUGGGCUUAAAGGAGAAGACAUGAAUCUUGGAUCUCCAAAUUCUUUUCCAUCGCUUGAAUGGAUGCAAAAGUCAUCACUCGUGGCAGAAUCACAACCAUUGACAUGGCAUAGGACAAUGUUUGAUGCACCAAAAGGAGACGAUCCAUUGGCUUUGGAUAUGAGUAGCAUGGUGAAGGGACAAAUAUGGAUAAAUGGGAAUAAUAUUGGGAGAUAUUGGACAAUUGUUGCUAAUGGGAAUUGCAGUGGAUGUGCCUAUUCUGCAACAUUUCGCCCUUCUGCUUGCCAAUUUGGUUGUGGUCAACCGAGUCAAAAAUGGUACCAUGUUCCUAGAUCCUGGUUGAAACCAACUCAAAAUCUAUUGGUAGUUUUUGAAGAAAUUGGAGGAGAUGUGUCAAUGAUUUCUCUUGUGAAAAGAUUAGUCACAUAAUAUUAAUUUUGAAAAUAUUUAUUCCCAUUUA